AUGGUACAAACGCUAGGGACGGCUGAUACAGAUGGUUUGACACCUAAAGACUGGAUAUCCAUUCCAUGGCUCGCAGACCUGUGCUUUAUCCCAACGUUUCCGGGCACGAGCCUGGAAUCGUUCAUCUUCUUCUGCUGCGUAAAGGGCCAAACGGAGGCUUUGAAGACUUUUACAGUGCUGAAGGAUGAAUAUUCCGAAAAGCAUAAGAAAAAAUUGAUGGCAAGCGGUAGAGAUUAUCAGAUCAUUUGCGGCGCCGUCAAGGCUUUCAUGAAAGUUUAG